AUGCAUCCGGCAUCGAGAGUCAAUCAAUCCCUGAACGGCUUGCGUAAUCCGGUUGAAUAUGAAGCACAGACUCUCAGCACAUCGAAGUUUCAUAUUCUUCUCAAGGAACUUGACGUCCAGGUCUUCCAGGACCUUUCUGGUCUUUUGAGGGAUGAGAAAUAUCUCACCUCCGGCGCUUCUUUUGACAUCUCUGUUGCGAUUGCAAGGUCAAACUCCCAGUUUCAGCCAUUCUCUGAUGGAACAGCUCGACCUCGCUGGAUUGAAGGUUCAGUGAUAGCGCUCAAGAGGCUUAAGCCUCCACGAACAAGGCCAGGAAUAAGAGAAUCUACCCAGUUUCCGCGGAUUCAUCGCUCAUUGAUACAUGAGCUCCGAAUUCUGAGUCAUACUUCUCUGCGAAAUCAUAGGAAUCUCAUCAACCUCUUCGGUAUCGCCUGGGAGAGGCACCAGGAUGUCAGCGGCAUUGACUACAUGAGACCUGUGGUUGUACAAUCAUGCGCGACACGAGGAAACCUGCGAGACUAUCUGCGCGCUAAGACGGAUGACAAGGAAUUGCCAUGGCGAACCAAAAUGCUCUUCUGUAAAGAUAUUCUGGAUGGUUUGGUCUUUCUACACGCGAGCAAUGUCAUUCACGGCGAUAUCAAGUGCGACAACAUUCUCCUCGAGGAAGACUCCAAUACACGGCUGGUGGCUAAGCUGACAGAUUUUGGGUUUUCCGUCAUUGUUCCCUUAAGUGUUCGCGGAGCACCAAUUCUGGAGGUCGAAAUGCUGAGUGGGACUGAAGAGUAUAUGGCGCCAGAAGCGUUCAUCGCAAAGCAGAACGGGACUAUGACAUUGUCGACGAGCGUAGCAUUCAGUUCUGACAUCUACGCCUUCGGGCUUACUGCAUGUGAGAUCGCUCUCAACGGUCAAUACGUUUUCUCCGCUGUGUUGAGUCCCAGCGAAGCACCUGAAGUCACCCCAUCGGCGGAUCAAGAUAGUAAAUCAGCGGAGGCCUGGAUCAAGUCCAAGAUAAGAGACAAUGCCGAUGACCUGCUACUUCGUCCCCUCAAAACCCUCAUCGACCAUGUGGAGGGAACGGAUGAGUAUCGGCUUUCCGAGGUGCUUGAUAUGACUUUCAGGCGUCGAGCCGAAGACCGUGCAACGGAUAUCGCCACCAUAAGAGCUGUAAUGGUUGGCUACGAUGAGGAGGCGACUAUUCCCACAGCCGGGAGCCCGGUAUCGCUAGACAAAAGUUCAAACUUGUCUCUCUCCUUUUUGUUCAAACAGAGAUACGAGAUAUUCAACGUCAAUGGGCAGCCUGUCCAGCUCAACGUCCAUGAUGCAUCAAUUCUGCAAGACUUGAAGGUCAAAGCCAGCCCUGCUGUUUCUCUACAGGCCACAAAUAUCCACAAGAUGAAUACGCUGUCACUGAGUGAUGUUGCCUCAGUCUCCUUUUGCGCUUACCAGAUGUUUAUAUGUCAUUUGCACGGCUAUGGCGUACCUUUUGAUUUCGAGACGGCCGUCCAGUACCUCAAAGCUAGCGCUCAUGGAGGCUAUGUGCCAGCUCUCGUGGCUGUUUCGAACUUCCGAGAUCUAAAAGUGGAUCCUCUCUUCGCCAGAAACGACCGUAUUCAAGAUGCACUCGAGGCUCAAGUAUCCAGUGGCCCACGGUUUGGAAUGCUCCUGUGGCUUGUAGCAUGCCGCACCCUCCGCCGUGAUGACCCUGAAGCCUAUCAAAGAAGUUUCCAGAAACUCAAUAGCAGUGGCUACGCUGAACUUGGCGAAGCUCCAGACUGCUACACACAGCUAGAUGCCGAGACCUUUGCAGGUCCAAGUGUCGAAUACCAGUGGAUUGCGCGAGGGACAAUGCCUCUGGUUCUUCGACUCCUGCCCGUCCUUUCCGUCCAAGAGUUCACCAUGGGCUUUGAGAAUGGCUGUUUUCCCAGUGGGGCCGUCAACUACAACAACGAAACUGCCUUGUAUAUGUGCUGCCGUGCUGGCGAAAAGGAGAAAGUGCUUGCGCUCUUGGAUACAUAUGAAUGGGCUCGGACGAAAGUCACAGUUGCCAAUAAGCAGGGCAGGUUUCCAUUGCAUUGGCUGUGGGCAUUUGAGCGAGAUGAUCCGCAAGCGGUGGCCGAAGCUCUCCUAUCCAACGGCGCCGAUGUGGACGCCAUAGACGAGGACGGUUUCAGAGCCAUCGACUAUGCUAUUGUAGCGCUUUGUCCGGAUGUUGUAUCACUCUUGCUAACCAAAAGUGAGGCCAUUUCUGAGAAACUACGGCGCCAGUUCACUGACUAA